AUGUCAUCGAAUCACAGCAACACGGAUCCCCCACCUCCAAAACCUCCAUUCAAUCCCCAACCCGUAACCCUUCACUACUCUUCCUCCACCGCCGCAUUCGUCGUUUCAUCUCCCUCCCGAUUCAGACUCUUCUCCUCCGAUGAAAAAGCCUCUCAACCUCCCUCCAUCAAAGACACUGCCCCCGUCGAAAUCGAAGACGUCGAUAACAAAGAGCUGAAGUCGCAGAUUGAUAAAUACCUAAAAGGCGACGAGCAGAUGCUUCCUUCGAUCCUGGAGGCGAUUAUGCAGAGGGAGUUAUCAGGGAAGCACGAGGAUACUGAUAAUGAGUUGAUGGAAGAACUCAGCAUGAAACCUAUUGACGAUGUAGAUGAUCAGGAUUUUGAAUUUGAUUUUGAGGAUUUACAUGAAACUGAUGAGGAGAUUUGUUUUGUCUGUUGA